AUGGCUGCAGCAAAUGUUGUGAUGUUCCUUGCUCUACUAUUAACCUGGCAGAUUGUGAUCACCAAUGGGCAAGGAGAAUCUUCCAAAAAUAAUUCCAGUAGGAACUUUAUUACAGAAAAUUUAAUGACAAAUGGAAUUUCUACUCCAAGCCCACCAAGACCAAAAGCUGUGCUGCUCUUUACAGAUGGAUAUCAGAAAACAGCUAUCCCCUCAAAUAAAGGAACUGGGUCUUCAUCUCCUCCUUUGUGUAUUAAACAAACGGAAAUACGACAUGCUUUCAAAUACAUCAAUUCUGUGGUCUCCUGUAUGAUCUUUGUGGUGGGAAUCAUUGGAAAUUCUACAUUGCUCCGAAUUAUCUACAAGAAUAAAUGUAUGAGAAAUGGACCGAAUGUCUUAAUCGCCAGUCUUGCCUUGGGAGAUUUACUCUACAUCUUGAUAGACAUUCCCAUUACGGUAUACAAGCUUCUGGCUGUAGACUGGCCUUUUGGUGUUGAAGUAUGUAAGCUUGUGCCAUUUAUCCAGAAGGCAUCUGUUGGUAUCACAGUCCUCAGUCUGUGCGCACUGAGCAUUGACAGAUACCGAGCUGUAGCAUCUUGGAGCCGAAUUCAUGGAAUUGGGAUUCCCCUGAGGAAAGCAGUGGAAGUAAUAGCUAUUUGGGUCAUUUCAAUUGUUUUAGCAAUUCCAGAAGCUGUAGGAUUUAACAUGUUCUCAAUAGACUAUCGGGGAGAGAAACUGAAAGUAUGUCUACUCCAUCUAACAAAGCCAUCAGUAUUCAUGGAGUUCUACAAGAAUGUGAAAGAUUGGUGGCUAUUUGGCUUUUACUUCUGUCUGCCUCUGGCUUGCACUGGUAUAUUCUACACUCUCAUGACUUGUGAGAUGUUGAGCAGGAGGAAUGGGAUGCAAAUUGCUCUCAAUGAUCAUAUCAAACAGAGACGUGAAGUGGCUAAAACAGUCUUCUGUCUAGUGGUUGUCUUUGCUAUGUGUUGGCUCCCACUGCAUUUAAGCAGAAUUCUUAAGAAAACUAUCUAUGAUCAGCACGACCCCCACAGAUGUGAACUCCUCAGUUUUCUUCUAGUUCUGGAUUACAUUGGGAUUAACAUGGCUUCUCUCAACUCCUGCAUAAAUCCAGUGGCAUUGUAUUUUGUGAGUCAAAAAUUCAAGAACUGCUUCAAGUCUUGCUUGUGUUGCUGGUGUCAGCGGCCAGCUCUGAGCACACCAACGGAUGAGAGAAUGGCUGUUGUCAAAUGGAAAGCCAACAGCCAUGCAAAUGGCCUGGAUCGGAGCAGUUCACGCUUCAGUAACAAGUACAGUUCAUCAUGA